UCAUGAUGUAGGCUUUUGUUUUCUUCAGGUUCUUUGUUACAUUUAUUUCGUCUGGAUCCGGCGCAGGGAAGAAUGGUUCAAGUAGCAAGCAAACGUCUGCGGUUCCUCAUCACGGCAAUUCAUGUGACAGGCGAUCGUAUCUGCGUCGCUUCACAUACAGAUUCCAUUUCAUUUUAUCAUUUUGACCCUGACUCAGGAAAGAUUGAAUUCCGCAAAAGCGAUACGGUAUCACGGACAAUCCGCCACACCAUGCUGUUAAACGGCGGUAUGGCCGUGGGCUCCUGCAUGUCUGGUGGUCUUGUUGGCCUCUAUGAUGAUCCAGACGAUAAAUCGUUUGAACAUCGUCUUCAGCGAUUGUUUUCAUUCCAUUAUCCCGAUCUUCUGACCCAACCAAUGCUGAGCACAUUAAGUGCACAACGAUAUACAGGCUCGGAGAGAAAACUGCUCCGAAAACAUUUAUUGCCAUGGACGGCAAUCACAGAAAAAGAUAUCCAAAAGGCGAGCGAGGAACCGCUUCUACCGAUCGUCUGUUGCAGCUUGGCGGGCGGCGUUAUCCAAAUUCAUCGACUCGAUGCAUCACUCUAUGCUUUGCUGUUGGCACUGCAAGAACGUCUCAUAGCCUCUGAAGUGCCUUUACUGCUUGGUUCAUCAAAAGACUUCAAAGAAUGGUACUGCCAAUUGUCUCACGGAGAAACGAAUACGAUCCAUGGCGAUCUUUUGGUUUCCUUUUUCCGACUAUCAGCCUCGGAGCAGAAUCAGUUACUAUCGGCAAAAGACGAUUCAAUUGACUUAAUCGAGGCAGUACGAACAUUUUUGGCGACUAUGGGGCCCGAGGGUGAGUUGGUGAAACCUCUGGGUGAUUUUGAAUCAUGGGCAACAGUACCAAUGACUGUUGCAGAUGCUAUUACGGUCUAUGAAAAAAUCAUCCUGGAACUGGAGAAUAAUACGUGAUACUUGGGCUACUGAAAAGAUUAAAUAUUGUAAACAUCAUUUUGUUGCAUGGAAACGGUAGAUGUCGUCUGAUUGUUUCUUUGUUUUAUUUGAUUUUUUAAUCAAGGGUCUAGUGGUGAUGGUCAUCGGUCUUUUGGAAUCGGAUGCCGCCUACAGAUAGAAUCAAUAUCAGUGUCAAUUGUUCAUCGUCUUUUUUUGUUCUCGCUGUUUUGUUGGUAAAACUUACAGUAGCCGCAUGCAUGAGCACCGGGUUUAUCCUAACAAUAAGAGAA